AUAAAAGCCCCAAUUCUCCUCCCUCUCUUCAGACAGCACUGUCUCUCUCUUCAGCUUCCAACAGCCUGACCAUUCUGACUCCCAAAACUUCAAUCAUCUUGUGAAGGAAUAGGAAUGGCAACCUUCGAGCUUUAUCGGAGAUCGACGAUUGGGAUGUGCCUCACGGAGACGCUCGACGAGAUGGUCUCCAAUGGUAUCCUCAGCCCGGAACUCGCCAUCCAAGUCCUCGUUCAGUUCGACAAGUCCAUGACUGAAGCUCUGGAGUCUCAAGUGAAGAGCAAGGUUUCAAUUAAGGGUCAUCUUCACACUUACAGAUUCUGUGACAAUGUAUGGACUUUCAUCUUACAAGACGCUAUAUUCAAGAGCGAGGAAAUCCAGGAGAAUGUUAGUCGCGUUAAGAUUGUGGCGUGUGACUCGAAACUGCUCUCACAGUGAAGAGUGGAUGAUGAAAGAAACUGCCCCGUGAAGACUGAAUGAUAAAAAUGUUUCAAAAACUUCGUAUUUAUGUUUUGGGUAAUGUAGACAAUUGAUCUAAGAGAGGGAGAGCAAGGAAUUCACUACUUGAGCUAUAUUUCCAGGCUACAGGCAGGAUUGAGAUACCUGUUGUAAAACACCCACUACUCUUUAUUUAUCCAAAAUUUCUCAAGGUAAUGUGCUAAA